UGUCAAAUUAGACAUAUGCCAACAUGGACAGGUUGUGUGAUAUUCUCUUAUACUUGAAAAUCAUUAACAAAACUAUGCAAGUUACAAGAAAAGACAACACUGACUUGCAAUUAGGACAAACAUGGUUUGUGCUGACCACAAUGAGCUAGUGGUUUAUCAGCUGCAGAAAGCACAGAGUGCACAACAGAUAUUCAAAGACGAAACACUCAUACAUUCAAGACGGUCUAUAACUAAAAAGUACACUUUUUCUGUCUAACCCUAGAAAGACGUCAAUUUGGAUUGUGCCCAAGCUUUAACACUGAUAGAACAGAUUGGUCAUAUUACAGAAAUUCCCCUCUUGAAAUUCUGGGGUAAAGUCUCAUUGUGACAAAGCACAAGACUGCACCAUGCUGAAGUGUUUUACCAUCCUGAAGAUCAUGCGGCUUCAGCUAUAUCUGCUCAUAUGGUGUCGAGCUGCAGAGACUUUAACAGAUCAGUUAACAGAUUUGGGUCAAAACGUGACUAUAAACUGUGAUUUUGAUGUUAAGGAGGUUAACUGGUUAUUACUGAAACUGCCAGAUCCUCCAGUUCUGAUAUUGCGCACUUUCUCUCCAGCUCGUUACUACAACAAUAGAUUCAGACACAAAUAUUCAGUGCAAUGUAAACCUCAUUUGUUCAUAAAUAAUGUCACUAUUGAUGAAUUAGGACUUUAUUACUGUUUGACCACAGACGCACCUCCACAAUACAGCAAUGGCACCAGCCUACACAUCACUGAACCAGGUGCAGAGAUCCAGAAUCAGAAUCAGACACAAUGGCAAACUCUUACCCUUAUAUUUGUUGUGUUGAAUGGUGUUCUGAUCAUUGUGAUCAUAGGUGUAUUAAAGGUGUUUGUUUAUGGAAGCAAGAGAACCAGAGACAGUGCAGAACGAUUUCAAAACACGAACCUACAGCAACCUCAAGUUACGGCUCUUCAACAAGAGGACCCAAAUCAAGUGCUGUAUGCUCCGGUGGACCUUCCCACACAAUGUCAAAGGUUUCAGUCCAGACAAGUCAACAGCACUUAUGCGCUUCUAGAGCUGCCAAAGUCAAGAACACUUAAACAUAAAUGACCUAAUUCAGUCACAUAUAUUUGUAUUUGAUAUUGUUGUUGUAUAGAUAUAUUUUUUUGAGCUUGCAGAAUGUACAAUUGCCAGAAAUUA